AUGGACGAGAAUCCCCCCGCCUCUUCUUCAAGAGUGACCUUGAACUGUCCCGACGAGCGACAACCUCUGCUCAGUACCCAGCAUCCUGAUUACCACAUCGAUCCCAUGCUGUCACUCUUCAAAGCUCAGGAUGGCGGCGCGAUAGACCCCACCGUCCAUGUCGAUCCCCAGACAGGUGCAGUGAUCGAGAAGAAGACCAAGGAAGAAAGGUGGUUCGUAGCGAGGCUGGACGCGGUCUUGUUGCUCUAUGUGUGUAUCUCGCAGGUCAUCAAGUAUUUGGAUCAGCAGAACAUCUCGGCCGCCUAUGUGUCCGGUAUGCAAGAGGAACUCAACCUCUACGGCAACCAGUUAAACUACUUCACCACCUGGUUCAACGUCGGCUAUGCCAUCUUUCUCAUCCCUUCCCAGAUCGUCAUCACCCACGUUCGCCCCUCCUGGUGGUUGCCGGCGCUCGAGAUUUGCUGGGGAGUGAUGACCCUCGCGACAUGCAAGGUCCAAAACUACAAACAAGUAUAUGUUCUCAGAGCAUUUACUGGUGCUUUCGAAGCCACUUGCUACCCCGGUGCUAUCAUGCUCCUCAUGUCUUGGUAUACUCCCAGGGAACUCGCCUUCAGAAUUGGAUUCUACCACAGUUCUCAAUCCAGUACUCUCAAGCUCGCUGGUGCACUUCAAGCGGCCAUCUACAACAGCAUGGACGGUCUCCACGGCAUGUCUGGAUGGAGGUGGAUGUUUGUCAUCGACGGUAUCCUCACUCUUGUCGUUAGUUUUGCAGGUUUCUUCCUCAUCCCCGACUUUCCAUCCAAACCCAACCCUUGGGCCUUCUGGCUCCGCCCUAAACACAUCGACCAGGCGAUGGACCGUGUCGCCCGAUUUCGCCGAGCAGACAACAAGAAGUUUACGUUCCGAUCCGUCAAGAAGGCCAUCUUGAGCCCAUUGUUCUACUUUUUCGUCGUCAUGUACGUCACGACCGUUCUUGCACAGGGCGGGUACAGCUACUUCAACCUCUGGCUCAGGAGUCUCCGGAAUGAUGAUGGUACAGCGCGUUGGUCUGUCGCGCAAAUCAAUGCCAUCCCCAUCGGUGGUGGCGCCAUUAGCGUCAUUAUGAUCUGGUUCUGGGGUUUCUUCUCGGACUACUUCCAGACUCGAUGGGUGCCCAUCGUCGUCCAAGCUUGUAUCGGCCUCAUACCCGGUAUCAUCAUGAGCAUCUGGACCGUCUCGGACAAUGCCAAAUACUUUAGCUACUUUGUGUGCUACCUUUCCCUCGCUACUGCACCUCCUAUCUGGGCUUGGCUCUCCGACCUCAACCCCUUUGACGCCGAACAGCGAGCCUUCACUCUCGGUUUCGCCAUCGCCUUCUACUAUGCCUGCGGCGCAUGGAGCGGUCCUCUCAUCUGGCCCGCAAGUCAAGCACCUCACUACGCGCAUGGAUGGCAAGUCACCAUCGCUUUAUGGGUAUUGGUCAUCAUCCUCGCUUGUUCUCUUCGAUAUGUCGAGUUGAAACACAUCAGGCAAAAGGCCGAAGCCAAGAUCGCUGCUCAAGAGGCCGAACAAGCCCGCCUCGACGCCGAGGACGAUGACAUGAAGAAGGAUCCUGUCCUCGACCAGGUGCGACCGGUCGUAAGCAGGGUGUAG